AGCGCUACCAAAAUGAUUGGAAGUUUCAAGCCCAUAAGACCUCUACCGCCUGCUCUGCAAAAAGUGGCAAUUGAGGAGCUUAACGAGGUGCCAAGUAGAGUGGAAUCGGACAUCGCUUCCCUCAAGGAAUGGCUGCAGAAGCAACCUCAUAUCUGCGCCUGCCUGGAGGAUCAGUUCCUGCUCAGCUUCCUCCGGGGAUCGAAAUUCAGUCUGGAGAAGGCCAAGCAAAAGAUUGAUCGAUUUUACAGCUUACAAGCGCUAAUUCCUGAGGUUUUCAACGAACACCGACUGGCUGACGAUCCUCAGGUUCUGGAGAUUAUUCGAAUGGGAGUUAUCUUGCGCAUUCCCCUCGAUAAGGAAGACACUGGACCAGCUGUGACCAUCAUUCGAGCUGGCUCCUAUGACCUUAACAAGUUUAAGUUCCAGGAUAUUUUAAGAGUGGGUUCCAUGUUCGGCGAGAUCAUGAUGCUGGAGGAUGAUAAUGCCUCGGUCAGUGGCUACGUGGAGAUCAUGGAUAUGAGUGGAGUGACGGGUGCGAAUUUUUUUGCCCUCCAGCCCCAUCUUCUCAGCAAAUUCUCUACCUAUGCGGAUGAGGCAAUGCCAACGCGUCAGAAGGGAAUCCAUUUUAUCAAUGUGCCCAAGGCCUUUGAGAUGGGUUUCAAAUCACUGCUGGGAUGGUUUCCAGAAAAAAUCAAAGAAAGGCUUUCAGUUACUGCCGAUCCGGAGGCUAUCUUUGAGAGAGUUCCCAAACAUUAUCUACCACUGGAGUAUGGGGGUUCCAAGGGAACCAUGAAGGAUAUGGCAACUGAGAUGGAGGCCAAGCUCUCUAGCUAUCGCAGUUACUUUGAGGACUGUCAACACUUUGGAACCAAUGACAAGUUACGCGAGGAGCCCACCAAUCUGAACCCCGAAGAGAGUCACUUUGGCCUAGAUGGCUCUUUUCGCCAGUUGGUCAUCGACUGAAUCGGUUAAAAUACCUGUAAACUCAUCUGGGCCAUAAACCCACA